AUGGCAAAGCACGCAGCCUCCGACGUGCUAAAAAAACGCCAAGAAGAAGAGGAAAAGGCAAGAGCUUACUGGAUUGCUCACGCAAUUUGGCUGGAUGAGCAACAGAAGCCAAAAGACGAGCGCCUGUCUUACCAGGAGGUGGCUGAGGAGGCACACAAGCGAUGGCAUGCCAAGACAGGCCACUGGCUGAAGCUGAAUCACAACACUGUCCGUAAUCACGCAACUGGCAAAACACGUCCUCGGGAGGAGACUAAAUGGGAUUCAUCUCAUUUGAGCGCCGUCAAAGAAGAAGAGGUUGUCAAUUACCUCAUCGAGACGGCAGCUCAGGGCUUCGGGCUGUCACAUCGUCGUUUGAAGGAGCACGUCAUAGAGCUCUGCCGAGCGCAUUAUGGCACCUCCUUUCCUGGUCUUGGGAAGCACUGGUCCCACCGCUUUGUUGAGCGGCAUCAUGAACACCUUCACGUAUACCGGACUCGGCCACUCCAUGAUGUCCAAGGGAAAGCUGCGAACCCAGAAAACCAUAAGGCCUGGUGUGAUCUCGUUGAGAACGCUAACGGUGAUGAGGGAGAAGAGCGGGUGAUUGGCGGAGCGGGCAAGAACGUCCAGUACCAGCAGCAAGCUGGAACGAGGGAGACAACGACUGUCAUUGUCAAUAUCUGUGCGGAUGGGACUGCCAUACCUCCAGCCGUUUUGUUUUCUGGAAAGGGCUUUGCGGUUCGGUGGAAGCAAGAUAACCCUGCAGAAGCAAUGCUGGGAUACUCGAAGAAGGGCUGGACGGAUAACGAGAUCGGCAUCGAGUACGCAAAGCACUUCGAGCGAAUGACUCGUGAGAAGGCGGGUGGCAGGUGGCGAGUCCUCUAUGUCGACGGACAUGGUUCACAUGUCACUCGCAGGUUCUUGAUGUUCUGCAAGGCGCAUAAGAUCCAUGUCUUGUGCUAUCCUGCCCAUACAACUCACAUUUACCAAGGUCUGGAUGUCGUGAUAUUCAGCCCGAUGAAGCAAAGGUUCGGUGAGAACCGUGACAAACUCUUUCGAGAGACGGGCCAGGAGAUCUCAAAAGAGAACUUCCUGAAGGUUUAUGGUGACACCCAUCUUGCGAUACUACAACCGGAGUUAAUCAAGAAGGCGUUCUCGAAGACAGGAAUCAUACCUUUUAACCUCGAGCCACCGGCUGCUGUCCGCAUCAUGACGGAGCUGAUCAUUGACACCCUCCAGCCUAUCUUCAUCACGUCGUCUCCAAACAAUGAUUCGGAUACAGAUUCCGAAGGUGAGGAUGAGGGAGCCAGUGAGGAUGCGGUUGACGAGAGAGGUGAUGAGGAAUAUGAAGUGGGUGAAGAGGAGGAAGAAGUGGUGGCGGAUGGAGAGCAGGACAAGGAGGUGGAGGAUGGUGCUGAUGAGGAGGUAGAUGAUGUUGAGGAGGGGGGUGGUGAGGCUGGUCAUGAAGCGGGUGAGGAGGGAGAAGGGGAGGAACAAGAACCUGUAAAUGAUGAACCUGCCCACCCACGGCUUGACACCUUUCCCAUCCGAGCCGCCCUCGAAGAACUUGCCAACUCUGAUUGCGGCUUUCUCUUCUCACAAAUGCCUAUCCCAUCGUCUUCUAAUCCACCCGAUCUGCCAAAUGUUCUCAUCUUGCCUAUGAAACGUCGCAUUACCAAACCGUCAAUGUCAAGGCAAGAUGUCACAUACCUCACAACUAAGACGACAUCCACACCCAACGAGGACGCCAUGCAGGAGGCUCUCAUUGCGAAAGCAGCGGCAGCAGAUUACUACAAGGAGCAGGCGAUCCGUAUGCAAUCCAUGCUCGUGUUGCAGCGAUUAUACUGCAACAAACUGCGUCGUCAGCUUCAAGUGAAGGAAGGAAAGGCAGAGAGGAAGAAGAAGGGGCGAGGAGCCGUCAAGGAGCACGAGGAUGCGAAGGCGAAGGAGGCGCGCGACAAGGAGGAGAGGGCUGCCCAGCAGCUUGAAUACGAGGAGCGGAUGGCAGCGUGGCAGGCACAUGAGGAUGGUCGGGAGGCUAGGAAUGUGGCACUGUAUCGCCAGUUUCAGGAGGAUGCAAACAAGUGGACAGCAGCGCGAGUAGCAGCGAAGGAGGCGGGCCGCAAGCUGAAGGUUUGGGACAAAGCCCAUCCAAAGCCUUUGCGUUUGAAUUACAAGGAGACCCGGGUAAAACCCCCAACCAAGAAGGCGCGGAAAGAUCCUGAGGAGGAUCCUGAGGAGGAUGUGGGUGGCGACGUUCACCCGCCAACCCCACCAAUCCAACCGCCGCCACCCACCACCCAACCUGCCCAAGCAGCUCCUCAGGCCGACAACUCCGGCGAAGAGUUUGACUUCAGUGGUGUUCCCAGCACCUCAACCAACGAUGAAGGGCAGACCGGCGGACUCUCUCGAGCUCGGGCUCGCCCUCGCACAAGUGGCAACACUUUCGCUGGAUCAUCAACCCUUGCGAUGCGCCCAGCCAGUCCUGCUGCAGCAACAACAGUGACAUCGGAUACGAGGGCACCAUCGGCGUCAAGCAGUCGCUCUAGAAACGCGGCCUUGGAUAUCGCAUACUAUUUUGUCAAGGCGGCCAAAGCCUCCGGUAAGCAAACUUAUUGCAGGUUUUGCAAAGAGAAAUCUGCCUCGAACCCAAAGCUUAAAUUCGAGUUUUCCGCCAAUACCUCCAACACCACGCUCAGGAACCACUUGGAGAAUGUGCACAAAGAGGAGUACCUUCACCUCUGUGCUGAGAAGGGAUGGAACAACCUGCUUCCAAAGUCGCGAGUUCAGGUGGUAGUGGCCCCAGAAGCAGCUCAUGGCACUCAAGGCGCUUUCCGUACCCCCUUUACCCAAAAGGCUUUCAUCCAGCAUCUAAUCAAUUUCGUUGUUGCAGAUGAUCAGGUUGGCCACUGGACACUUGACAAUGCCUCCGUGAAUGCAAAGUUCUUGGAAGAACUCCAAGUCCUUCUUGAAGCAAGGGAUAUUCCCUUCAAUGCAAAGGAUAGACACAUCAUGUGUUUCCCCCAUGUUAUCAACAUAUGUGUAACACAUGUAAUUGAGAGCUUUACUGAUCUAGCUCUCACUAGCGAUGAAGCCGAAUUUGCAGCAGCCCUCCCUCCUGCGGAUCCAUGUCAACAAACCUUUGACAAGGCUUGUGCUCAGGAUCCUAUCGCACUAUGCCAUGGUGCUGUUUGUGCAAUCUGUGCCUCUGGUAAACGGCGCAAAAUGUUCCAGGAUAUUAUUCGCGACGGUAACGAGAAGGAGUGGUUCAAGGCAGCCAAUGACCCCAACAAGAUCAUCAAGCUUGAGAAUCUUGAACUUCUUCAUGACGUUCAACAUCGAUGGGACUCUCUCUACAAGAUGAUCUGCUGA